AUGCGGCGCGUGGUUUCACCUUCAGAGCGGCUCGGCGCGCCCUUCCCCGAACGCUGCCGCCGCCGGCCGCGCAGGAGGUGAUCUGUGCCUUGUGCUUACAAAGCACGCAGAAAUAAAUUGGUGCUGUGGACUCUGUGGAGCGGCUGAAGGAAGCAUUACCCCGAGGAUGAAGCAAUAGAGCCCCUCUCUGCAGAACCGCAUGAUUGAGAACGCGGUCCAGCCCUGCUCUGCUGCCGGACAUGCUUCUGUCCUCCUGCCCCGCUUACCCCCUGCUGCAGUGAUACAGAUGGAUCGUGGCAGAGAGGCAGAAAUGGAGUUACGGAGAUCCUCCAGCCCUGGCAAGCUAAGCAAGAACGACGUGGAUGCUGACAAGACCAUGUGCCACAGCUGCUGCAUCUGCGGUAAAAGUUUCCCUUUUCAGAGCUCCCUGUCGCAGCACAUGAGGAAGCACACAGGUGAGAAGCCCUACAAAUGCCCUUACUGUGAUCACAGAGCUUCCCAAAAGGGCAACCUGAAGAUUCACAUCCGCAGUCACAGGACAGGCACUUUAAGUCAGGGGCACGAGGCAGAGAUGGGAGAGGCACAGCUGGGGGAGAUGGGCGUUUCUGAGGGCCUUGGCGGGUGCACCAGCCCCACUAAAAGUACGUCUGCCUGCAACAAGAUCUUGAACGGUACCACUCAGGUUGAUAGCAGCAAGAUCUUGUUGAGAAGCAGCAAGAAGGAGGUCACAGAGAUGGCACCAGCUGAGGAGGAUGACAAGCUGACCUCUUACCAGUGCACCUUCUGCAAAAACAAAUUUGAAGGGAAGAAGGACCUGGAGCAGCACCUGCACCAAGUCCACAAACCAUUCAAGUGCAGGCUGUGCAGCUACAUGACCCUGAGGGAGGAGACGCUGUUAAACCACAUAGAGAAAGACCAUAUAACAGCUCAGGUCCCCAAUGGGGAGACCUACACCGAGAACUGCAAGAGCGAGCUGAAUGUGGGCGAGUUCCCAUGCGAAGUCUGUGGUCAGACCUUUAGUCAAACCUGGUUCCUGAAAGCUCACAUGAAAAAGCAUAGGGGGUCAUUUGAUCACGGGUGCCAUAUUUGUGGCAGGAGAUUCAAGGAGCCCUGGUUUCUCAAAAACCACAUGAAGUCGCAUGGCCCCAGGUCUGGGAGCAAAAACAAACCAAAAAAUGAUUUGGAGCUGAUUGCCACUAUCAAUGAUGUGAUACAAGAGGAGACAAUUGUGACCGGCCUGUCUCUGUAUGAAGUUUGCACCAAGUGUGGAAAUCUGUUUACAAAUAUGGAAAGCCUGAAAGUGCAUAAUGCUGUUCACUACCGUGUGCAGCCGGGCAGCACCGGGGAUAAAGCUGAAGGCUUGACUGAUGGGAGCCUUGGCUCCUCGGUAACCAAGCAGUUUUUCUUGCAGUGUCUCAAUCUACGGCCAUCUGUAGGGCUGGAUAGAGUUACGAGAGGACAGCCUGGGAAAAGAGUAGCUGAGCUGGAUCCGGUCAGUAGCUACCAAGCUUGGCAGCUGGCCACCAAAGGAAAAGUAGUAGAGCCCUCAGAGUAUGUGAAGUAUGUGGGAUGGGAUGAGGCCCUGGCAGAUGCAGACGUGACUUACGACAAGGAUAAGAGGGAGUAUAUCCUUGUCAACCAGGAGAAGCGCAAGCGAGACCAGGACUCACCCAGCAACCCCAAGAAGAAGAGCUGCACCGGUGGGCGCCCGGAGAAAGCCAGCAGUGUCCCAGCGGGGGAGAGCUGCCCGCCUGCCCCCGGGGAUCUGGACUAUCGCCCUGCCUCGCGGCAGAGCCGCCGGGGCGCCCAGAACAAGUCCACGGAGUGCUUUGAGUGCGGGAAGAUCUUCCGCACCUACCACCAAAUGGUGCUGCACUCGCGGGUGCACCGCAAGGAGCGCAGGAGCUGCAGCGAGGGCGGGACGGCCGCCCAGCCCGACCGCUACGGCUCCAGCAGCGAGGAAGGGGACUCGGGCUCCGUCAGCGGGCCCAGCACCCCCGGCUCUGCAUCCGCCCCGGAGGACUCGGCCACCUCUGGCUUGGGAGAGGAGGGCGCUGAGGAGAGCUCGGAGGAGGGAGCGGCCAAUCCCUUGCUAGAUGGAAAGCCAUACCACUGCAACUUCCCCGAAGAGGAAACCCCAAUGAUAACAUCUCAGUUGGAUGAACUCCCAAAACUGGGAGGCCACAACGCCAGAGAGAAUGAAGCCAGGGAAUCUAAACCAGAGAUUCCUGCUCUGGUCUCAGCACUGGAGAGUGUCAUCAAGGAACCCUUUUCAAAAUACCAUGGUUCUACAGACAUAAAGAUGCCAGUAUUUCAUCAUGGCCAAGGGCUUCCUUGCUCCAGUCACGUUGCUGGCUUUGCUUCUGGCAUGGGCCAGACAUCUUUAGACAUGGUCAUGGACUUGAAAACGUCACUUGAAGUGCAGGCUAGUCGUGCUAGAGAAAAUUUGCUAGACUUGCACAGGGAGCAUCCUCUGAUAGAAAAAGGUGCUGAAGCUCUAGAGGUAGCUCCACUUGAUUUGAGUGAAAAAUCAUCAAGGGAUAGUUCAUGCAAUAAAUAUCUCAAUACAUCCUUGCAGGCUGCUUUAAUUGUCUACCCGUGUCCUUUCUGCAGUCACAAGACCUACUACCCUGAAGUCCUGUGGAUGCACAAAAGAAUUUUGCACAAAAUCAGCUGUAACUCGAUGGUACCCCCGUGGGUUCAACAAAACGGAUUCAAGAGUAUUAAAACCAACCUGGUCUUUCUGGCGAGGAGUGGGCGCACUGGCCCCCCUCCUGUUCUCGGUGGGAAGGAAUGCCAGCCUUUGCCCAUUGCCAGAUUUACACGUACUCAAGUGCCAAGUGCGUUGCCAGGUUCCAAAGCCAGCUCCCUUUCUGUCGGGAUGGCUGCAAAGUCUGGGAGUACGCAUCCAUCAAAGGACAGUCACGCGCUCGGCCACUGUGCCUCACGUGUGUCAGGCCUGGAUGGGUACAGACAGCCCAAGGUAAACCAUUCCCAGGAGCAGUACAGCAUAGCAGCACAACAAAAAAGCAAAUACGAAGCAAAUUCCAAACUCACACAAAUGGGAAGCUAUGGCAGAAGCGUAACACCUGCUCAAACAGUCAUAUCCAGGCCUGGCACGCAGCCCACCAACAGUAAGCAGGUGGAGAAGUAUGUGGUUCCCCAAGGAAGUACUGGUUUUGCCUCUCCAGGUAAGCACUGUGCAUCCGACUCCAUGAAGGCCAAAUACACCCCCCCGCUGCAGUACCACGCCCUGUGUAAGAGUGAGCAGUACCCUAAACACGAAGAGCCGUCCGUGCCUCAGAGGGAGCCUCACGUCAAGGCUGGGAAUGAGAUGAGGACAUUGGCAAACUGCACAGCAGUUGCACGAGCCAGUCCAGUGCUGCAGCCUCAGCCUGGUGCCGUGGGAGUUCCUCCGGCUUUACACUCCAGCAAACAGGAUCUGGGAUCAGAUGGGCAUGAGAAACAUUUGGACAUUUUAAAUAUCUUUAAAACAUACAUUCCAAAGGACCUUGCUUCACUGUACCAAACCUGUGGUGCCAACAGCCCUGUCCUAGAUCACACAGGGAUGCUCAGGACACAAACACGCCAAGGAGACUGUGUCUGCAGAGAAUGUGGAAAAUGCUUUACCCAACCCAGCCACCUCAGGACUCAUCAGAGGUCCCACACAGGGCAGAGACCACGGCAGCGCGGAGCUCAGCCACAUGCUGCACCUCCGGAAGGGAACCUAGAUCCCGGGCGGAGGAGCCCCGGCAGCCGCCGCGCUCCAGAGCAUCCAUCCCCUGCCAGCCAGGCCCACACCCGGAGCGGCUGCGCCGGGCUGGGAGCAGGCUCUGCCAGCAGCGGGGUGCCCCUGUGCUGUUAAUCAUCCUAAAACAAAUGAAGAUGCUACACAAGAUAUAUAUAAAUUGACAUACUAAUCAGUCCCAUGGUUCCUUAUUUCCUUGAUAAUAAACAGUGGAGUUGGCAAGCACCGUGGCGGCACAAGGCGUCUAUAUUAAUCAAGAGAAGUUUGAGACACUGGAAAAAUUAAACUUUAUGUGAUUUGGACAGCAUGAAGAAGUUAAGCACUGUAACAAAAACCUCCCUGAUGCUCACAAUGACUGUUUGAUACAUUUGAAAAACAGCAGUGGAUUCGAGGGCUGGAGAAGUAUUAAUUAAUGAAACUGCCACUGCCUGUCAUGCUGAAAAGCAAAUUAAAAAAAAACCACAACAACAGUGAGAGGAAGAAUGGGGGGUGCAGGGAAAAGGUGGCAUUCGGUGCUGAGAAAGCAAUGCUUGAUGAAGGAUUAAAGGGACUAAAGAGAAAGACCGUCAUUCUGCAAUGGUUUGUUUCAUUACAGUUUGGGGACCACUUGCAUUUCUAGUGCUCUCGCUCUUGACUGCGCACCAUUAAUAGUAUGUGAAUAUGGAAAUUGAAACACUUCCCGAGAAAAGCUUCUAUUCUGCUUUGGAAAAGAAAAGCUAGUUGAACACUAAGGAAAAAACCAGGCUUCUGUGUUUUACUCUCAGGACCUUUUUUGUUGUAACAGGGCUACUUUCUUCAACCUGGUCACAAAGGAAGUCUUCACUUAAUGAAAAAAUAAAAAGGAGAAAAUAAAACAUUCAGCUGUCUAACACCGCUGAUCUGUCUGUUUGGAAGAGAAAAGGUGUCACUGAAUGGAUUCAGGCAGCCCUGGGGUCAUAAGGUGCUCUCUGCUCCUGCCUUUGGUUCAGCAGACCAGCUGCUGCUCCUCCUCCUUGGGCCCACUGAUGUUCUGGAAAGAGGAGGAACUUCUUUUGUGGUGGCAGGUUAAUGUUCAUAUAAAUGUGUCAUGUCUUGUACUUGGUGAUCACUGGUGGUGUUAGGAAAAAAAAAAAAAGAAAAAAAAAGCUUUAUAUACCUCUUCUACAGUAACUCUUUAACUGCAAGUUUUCAAGGUGGGGUUGUGGCACAUAACAGGUUGUUAAACCAUGCAGUGUAAGCAAUUAAAAAUGUAUUCCACAGAUAUAAAUAUUUUCUUUUCUUAUUGCUGUGACACUAUGUGUGAUGGUAAUAUUUCUGAAAGUUUCAGAUUUUGCACAUAUAAUUUUAUGCAUUAUCAAAAGUUACUGCUGCCUUGAAAGAAAAUGUUCUGUGAAAAUUUUUGCAAAAGCUUUACUAGUUUGUUUGUUUUUUUUAAAUUGUAACAUUUUGUAAAGGCAGGAAAUGGAAUUAAACUACUAGCAUGCUAAAUAUAUUUUUCAAAAAAGCAAUAAUUUUACAUGUACAGAAAUGAUGCUAACCUUUAAUACAGGUGAGACCACAGUUUACUUAAUACAGUAAUGGGAUAGUGCUGUUUUUGUAGAAAUGGGCUUCUGACAACAGAUUUGUUAAAAAAAAAAAGGCAGAAAAAAACCUUAAAACGUGAUCUUUCUGUUCUAGCAGUUCUGUUCUAACAGGUGGGUGGGAGGGUGCUUUUUAAAGAAAAUCUAGUCAGCAAUUUGGGCUGGAUACUACUUGUUACUUGUUUUGAAUUACUUGACAGGUUUUGUCACUUUGCAACAUUUGCAACAAUGCAAAUUAACUUUCUUACUUAUUUUUUUCAAACUGGAUUUUCCUUAUGCUAUUACACGAGAUGUGAACCAGAGUUCUCUGUAAGUCUCGGUGUAGUUAGGAAUGUCUGUGCAAGUACUUAAAAGUGAUUGUAAUUAACUGUUCUGUGAGGUUAUUUUGAGGGAGUUCGCAUAGACACAUUCCAUUGUACACCAAAAAAAAAAGAAAAAAAAGAAAAGAAAAAGUUAAAUAUUUUGCUGUGUUACUUAAUGAUUAUCAUUUUGGGUUUGCACUAGCUUUCUCUUUGGUUUUGAUUUUUUUUAAUUACUUUUUUUUCUUUUGUUUUGUUGCUUUUCUGAGUCAUAUUUUCCAUGAGAGAAAGUAAUGGUGACAGUUCAGGAAUGCAAAAAAGCUAGUUGCUUAACCUGUUUGUUUGUGGUUUAGUUAUUAAAAACUCUUCUAUACCCAAAAUGGCACAAAAGUGUAGUGUACAUUUGUAAAUUCUCUCUUUUUUUAAAUUGUAUUUUUUUUUGGCAAGCUGAACUAGAAAAUCUGAGUUAAUAUUUAGAGCCAAAAUCUUCUUUCUGGAAUUUUCUUCCCGAAUUCUUGCCAGAGAAGCUAGUGCUGUCACUGCCAUUGCCAGGGUACUAAUCAGCAAAGUUUACAAUCAUAAUUUAGCUUCAUGAAGAACAACAGUAGGGGAAAUCAGUUUAAAUAAUUAUAUGCUGUGUAUGGCACAGAAGUGAGAUUUUCACUUAAUUAAACAAGAAAUAAGAGUGGGUGGGGGAAAACCAACCUUAAGGACCAUCUGUUUUUGAAAGUGAAUCCCACGAUUUCUGGGUUUUUUUUCUUUAUCAUUGUAUUGUAUUGAUUUGUUAUUUUAGUUAGACCAUAGUAUUUAAAAUGAGUUGUGUUCUUAUUUAUUUAGUCAAAUGGGCUUUGAUCAGCUCUUUUAAGCAACGUGAUAAGUUUUUUUGGCAUGACACACUCCUGUAAAGCCCUUUUAUGACUGUUACAGGGACUUUCUACUACCUCUACCAAUCUACUGUUUCUUCUUCUUAACAGGUUUUUAUGGUGUUGCAAGUCUAAUGUAACUUAGACAAUAAAGGGUUUGAUUAUCUACACUGCA